AUGCGAUUUUCCCUUUCAACCGUGGUGGCGCUGGGCGCCAUGCAGACAUUCGGUGUCUACGCUCAGGACUGUGUUAACGCAUGUAUCGAAUCAGUCAAACCAACUGUGGGCUGUGCAGAUGCUACUCAAGCCGGGUGUAUCUGUGUUUCGACCGAGUUUGUGAAGGGUGUCGCUGAGUGCGCAAGAGCAUCAUCCUGUAGUGCUGCAGAUGCCGAUAUCACCAACACUUUGACCAACGGCUUUUGCGUUGGUCAACAGGUGCCAGCUCUUCCGGAAGCUGCUACAACACCAACUGCGGAUGUAGCAACGACAUCUAAAGCAGCAGAGGCGACAUCUGAAGCAUCAGAGGCGACAUCUGGAACCCCUGUCGCCCCUGAAACUACUGAAGCUGCCGAAACCACCCCUGCGGUCGAAACUCCUGGAGUUGUAUCAACCCCUAGUGCUCUCCCAGAGACUUCGGAGGCGCCAGAGGCUACUCCCACUGAUGCAGCCGAAACGGCUGAGCCCACAACCACUAAAGCAUCCGCUUCUGCCACUGAUGCCGACAGUUCGUCCGCCACUUCUGAAGCUGCUGGUGCUGCUGCCACUUCUGACUCUGAUGAGAAGGAAGAAGACUCGGCCGGGGGCGGCAUGUCCGGCUCUGCAAAGGCUGGUGUUGGUAUUGGAGUUACUAUUGGUAUCCUCGCGCUCAUCGGCAUUGCAGGAUUCUUUUUCUGGAAGAAGCGUCAGAACCAGAGCAACUCACCUAGCGGAAAUAUGAGAGGAAUGUCACCACCACCUAUGGCUACUAGAGAUCGCAGUUACCCUUCACCCGAUCAAGGAUCAAUCGGCGAAAAGCAUGGAUAUGAUCUCGAGCUCAUGUCUCAUCGAUACGAGGACAUGCUUCCUCGAGAGGAACCACGACACAUGGUUUAA